GCGCUUCACCGCCAUUAGAAACACACACAUAGACACACAAACACGUCUGCGCACACACGCACACACACACACACGCACAUACACACUGACUCUCAGCUGCGUAGCGCGUGUAGUUGUGGAAGUGGGUACAUGAUGGACUGAGUUGCAGAUAAGACUGAAAAUAUUCAGCCCGAAAGCCACGCAGAGCUGAUUAUUCGAUGAUCGGAUGCUCUGGAAAGCCCGAUCGCACCGAUCAGACUGGACCGAGCAGGCUGCUGUGAAGAGGCAGGACUUUUCGGGCUCGUUCCUCGGGCUGGCUAUCAGAUGAAGUUCUGAAAAGUCGAUCAGCAUUGUCUUUGCGGCGUUUUAAGCGCAAGACUUCAAAAUAACAUCAUGGCUCUCUUGUCCUCCAAUCUCCUGUUUCCUCUCCUUAUGUCCUCCCUGGAUUGGCUGUCCACUCCGGGAAAUGGGUUUUUCAUGGCCCGGCACGACGUGACAUCACCAGCUCCCCUGGAGCCUCACAUCACCGAGUGCAUGUCAAGAGACCAGGUGACAUUCCAAUGCUGGUGGAGUCCGGGCAACUUCCACAACCUGUCUUCUCCUGGAGCGCUCAGACUCUUCUACAUUAAGAUAGAAUCUCCCCCCAGCGAAUGGAAGGAGUGUCCAGAGUAUGUUCAUUCGAAUCGGGAGUGCUUCUUCGACACCGACCACACGUCCAUUUGGGUGACUUACUGCACGCAGCUCCGCGCCCUGAACAACAUCACCUAUUACAACGAGGAGGACUGCUUCCGCGUGGAGAAUAUCGUACGUCCUGACCCACCAGUGUCUCUGAACUGGACCCUGCUCAACAUAAGUCGCUCGGGGCUAAACUAUGAUGUCAUGGUCAACUGGGAGGCCCCGCCCUCUGCCGACGUCAACACGGGCUGGAUGCGCAUUGAAUACGAGAUCCAGUACACAGCGACAAAUUCCACCAAAUGGGAAGCAGUGGAGAUGCAGACGCAAACCCAGCGGACAAUCUACGGUCUCCGCACAGGAACAGAGUACGAAUUGCACAUCCGCAGCAGGAUGCCGGGCUUCGUUAGGUUUGGAGAGUUCAGCGACUCCAUCUUCAUCCAUGUGGUGAAGGCUCCCGUCAAAGAGUCUACUUUUCCGCUCACCCUAGUUCUCGUUUUCGGAAUCACCGGCAUCAUCAUACUGGUCAUGACUGUUGUUGUCUUUCUGCAGGAAAGAUUGAUGAUGAUUCUGUUGCCGCCGGUUCCUGCACCCAAAAUUAAAGGCAUCGAUCCAGAGCUGUUGAAGAAAGGGAAGCUGGACGAGCUGAACUUCAUUCUGAGUGGUGGAGGUAUCGGCAGCCUACCCACUUAUGCAACAGAUUUCUACCAAGACGAGCCAUGGGUGGAGUUCAUCGAGGUGGAUGCUGAGGAUGCAGGCACUGGGGAGAAGGAGGACACCCAGAGGCUCCUGGACGUGUCCCAACCCGUUGGCCACCACAUGAACACAGGCUUCUCCAAUGCCGUGAGCUUCCCCGACAAUGACUCGGGGCGGGCCAGCUCUUAUGACCCAGAUCUGCCGGACCAGGACGCGCUGUUGCUGAUGGCCACCUUGCUGCCGGGCCAACCCGAGGACGGAGAAACCUCCCCCGAAGUGGUGAAAACGGCCCCGGCUCCAGAGAGGCUCCUCAUCCGUACCCAAACCGCAGGGCCCCAGACUUGGAUCCACACAGACUUCUAUGCCCAAGUCAGCAAUGUGAUGCCCACCGGGGGGGUGGUGCUGUCUCCUGGCCAGCAACUUAGAAGCCAGGAGAGCACCUCUGGCACGGAGGAAGGAACACAAAAGGGAAAAGAGCACAAAGGCAGCGAGGAUAGCGAGGAAGAAAAGGAGAAGGAGGAGCAGUUUCAGCUGCUCGUAGUGGAUCCUGAAGGAGGCAGGCAGGCUUCAGAGAGCGACGCCCCACAGAUGUUUGCCCCCCCCAGCUCCCCCAUGCCUGGUGAGGGUUAUCAAACCAUACCCCCCCAGCUAGCGGAGACUCAACCUGCAGCCAGAGCAGGGGACAACCAAUCCCCUUACAUUCUUCCAGACCCUCCCCAAUCCCAGGUCUUUGCACGGGUUGCGGACUACACAGUGGUACAGGAGUUGAACAGUCAGCACAGUCUGCUCCUCAACCCGCCUCCCCGCGAGUCUCCCCCCGCCUGCCGGCCACAGCACCCACUCAAAGCCCUGCCCGCCAUGCCUGUGGGGUACAUCACCCCGGACCUGCUGGGGAGCCUCUCUCCGUGAAAAUGCCAACGCCGGCGGGCCUUUUUUAGGUGUAAGAAUGAUCGACCAGGACGUCCCCACGCAGUCACAAGUUUCUCACUGAUUCCCGCCGCAAACCAAAUAACUCGUGCGGGUGGUUUUUUUUUUUUUUUUUUUUGAGGGUGCCAAAUUUGAGACGAGAAAACGCCGCCGUCGAUAACGGAACCACCGCAAAACCAAACGACACACUUUGCUGGAUUUCUUUGACACGCGCACAUAAAAGGCCAACGUUGUGAUCGUAACGCAUCAAAGAGCAUUAGCCUCGCCGCUACUCUGGAUCGCAUUCGCUGAUAUCGUUAAGAGCAAACGGCACUGUUGAAGUAUUAAUCUCACGGACGGACGUCAGUGUGUGAGCGGGAGGAGACGAGCACGUUCUGGCCGUGUUUUUUUUUUCCGCACACCGCUCUGAGAAGAAGCCCCUGUUGAUCCUUCUUGCUGGUAGAGAUGCUUUGCCGCUCGAUUGUGGCUUAGUUUGUAUUUUUAUCUCGUAUUCAGUGAUUGAAGUAGAAAUCGGCCACAAAAUAGAGUAAAAAAACACUAGUAUGCAGUUUUACCUUGCAUUCCUGGCUCCAUUUUGUUUAAGGCUGGUCAUAUUUUCAUGAAAUUUAGAUUAUAUGAUGUCAAGAUAUUUUUCUCUAUUUUUCUACUGCCACAAUAGUGUUUAAAAGAAGAACAACUUUUAACAACUGAAAAAGUAACGUUCAAUAGAAAUGCAGACACACACUCAGACAUGAGUGGGAUACAACUAUAUCAUCUAUUUCCUUCCUUGGGGGAUAUUUAAUGAAGGAAAUAAAAGGUAAUUUCACAAAAACGUAUUUAUGUAACGUGUUAAAUAUUCUGGAAUGAUUGAAAACAGCCCAGCAUUGACCUCCUCAUUCUACAUUCACACAGCGAGGACAACUGCAGCACUGAAUAGUGCUUAUUUAGGAGAAUUUGGUCGGAUUCAUUCGCAGCCGGGAGCCGCUCGGCUCCAACAGCGCUGCGGUACCCCGAGCACCAACAAGUGCCUUUUCUUAGGGGCCCAUUGACAUAGUUGUUCAAUAGAAGGGACGAUAAACACACCUGUUGCAUUUCACCCUGUGAUAGCAGCAACCUCUGUAACCAGCAGCCACCCCUAGUGGCUCGACUGAAACCUCAAUGAGCGAGCUCUCUCCCUGGGAGUUGUAUUCUUCUCCUGUUGCACUGCUAUUGCAGGGACAGCAUCUGGAACAAGUAGAAAGACUGUGAAAGUAGGUAAGAGCUGUAGUAAGCUAACAUUUUAUACGUGUUAUCUGCCGAGUACACUCGGCAACUUGUGCCUAUCGAUAGUGUUAAAAAGCUUUCCGUUCAUGUGCCAUGGCAUGCUUAUGUGAUUAGGAUUUAUGCGUUAUUGUACUAUGCGUAGAUGGAUAGGUGUAAAGCCUCCACUAAACUAAAAACCUGCACAUACACUAGCACAGCCUACACACACGCACUACACUGCAAGUUUACCUUUGUUGUGUUUUCAUUUGGCCUCCAUGACGUGAUCAUGGCUGAAUUUUGUCAAAGCUAAUAGUUUACUUCUGUAACCGUGUUGGUGUCACAUCACUCUUGUAAAAACUGACUUACCAAAAAUGCUGAUCAGGGCUGUUGAUGACAGACUUUGAGUUCCACUUUCUGGUUUAAUUUAAUCUUUAAGAGUUAUGCAUUGAUUACUUUGCCUCGCAGCAAUCAAAAACUGGGGCAGAGUCCGUUGCUCACUCAAAUAUUUAGUCCCGAUCAAUUGUAAUGUAAAGCGCUCUGGGUUAGGUGUGCAGGUGAGUGGGUGGCAUGGGUGACACCCUCUAUCAAGGUUCUCCUCUUAUACAUUUUUUUAUUCUCACCACAAAGGCUUUGAUAACCAACGCGGCUGCACAGCAUAACGUACACAAAAGCUAUACAAGCUUUGGCUCGAGGAGGUUACCCGAUGCUUCAAUGGCAAACAUAGAAUUCCCCUCACGGCGAGUAUACGAUUGAUUUAAAAGGAUCGUUAUUGAAUAACGUCAAAGCAGCCUCCGAAUGAACACAUCGCAACAACAAAAAAACACAUUUCAGCACGCAAAAGGAAAUGCGUCAUGCCGCUGAAUCACGUCGCUCUGGAUUCACCCUUGAGAUAAGCGGGCUAAGCGGAUGGAAUAGGUCGUUAGUAAUGGACAAUCCCUUAAUGAAGAGAGACAGGGCGAGAGCCAUGAAACGGCUUUAGAAAAUAUUAAACUGUGAAUGUCAAGAGAUGUGGGCCAUUUCUCUGCUUCUGUCCCUCGGUCGGUGUUCUGUUCCUGCCGCCUCGUGUUGAGGUUUCCAGCGAGCCGAUGCUGUUGCAGAAAUGUCUUAAUAUAUUAUAUUCACACUAAAAAAAAGUCAAACUAUAUAUACAUAUAUGUAAAUUUCUAUUAUGUUGUUAUUGUUACUAAUCCAAAUACAGUAUAUUGCUGCUCGGUACACGUAAAGACAUGUGAAAACAUGCUAAUUGGAUGAUGCUGGUAUCUGAGAAUGGGAGAAGUGGGAGAGCACGGUUUGGUUCAAGCGUUUGUUCCAUUAUCAGUAGCAACAGAAGGGCAGCUUUGCCCCAAAGUCCACAUGUAAUACGGUCCACACCACAGAUGCCCAUCCAACAUUGGGUGUUGAAGGCUCUCUGUGUACAUGAAGGAAGAUGGGAGAACGUUAGACAAUAAAGAUGAAGGCACUGCUAAGGUGCCGUUUCAGGUAAUUGUGAAUGUUUGGAAACUGGAAUAUGCGAUCACAUCUUUGAGGGAAAAUUGGCCAAAACAAAAGAAAGUUACAUCACUGAAAGAGAUAUAUAUUUUUAAAAACCAACCGCGCAGAAGAUAAAUCAGGAUGUGUAUGUUUUCAUUUUAUUUUAAGGAUUGCUGUACAAGUGUGUACUACAUUGUGUCUGCAAAUGUGUUUGCCAGUACAAAAUGGGCUCUUUAUUAACCUAGUGUAAAAGUUUGCAACUACUAUUUCUAGCUUAUAAAUGUUACAGACACUUUAGAGCAAGCACUUUGUACGCAAACACAUAUAUUGAUGUAUGAUUUAGUAUUCUGAUUUGGGAUUUUGGACUGAAUCAAGUCCAAAACCUACAUGUUUUUUUUUUUUAAACCGCAUUAUCGUCUCGUUGUUUUUAUUCAGCACAAUAAUCAGACAAUGUGGAAACUUCAAUAAGCUUUGCGUCCGAAAGAGCUAAUGCGACAUAUUUUACCAGAUUGGUUGAAUUAUGUUCAUCGAUGGAGUAUUUAAUGUUUGCUGUAAGAUUUGUGGUUACCAGGAGCAGGUCGACCUCGCCUUUUAUGAAGUCAGAGUGAAAUAUUUACACUGCAAAAUGACACUUGCAGUUAUCUGACUUUGUGAUUUCAGCAUUUCUUAUUGGCAAAAUGCAUUUGAAGGGGCUACAGUGUUUCAUUUGGGCGUCUUUGUGUUUUUUUUGUUUGUUGUUUGCGUUGGUUCCAGGUUGGCUUUGGUCACUCUGUGAGAGCCUGGAAGACAUCUUGAGAGCCUGAAUUUGUACCGGUUGCAACUCUUCGUUGUAGAGUUCCCAGUCUGACAUCUUUUGGGUUGUCGGCAAAAUGUUUUAAUUCAUGGCCUGAGUGCUGCUGGUGGCUUUUUCUAUGACAAUGUUGAGUGGCUCCACUCUCUGUGUGCUAUUUAUUUGGUCUGCUUACAGUCCUCAGAUCACCUGCCCACUCAUCUAACCACAGCGAGUGGCAGCUUCAGCGUGUACUGUUAUUCUCCAACGUGUGGCAUCUAAGCUCGGAAAGCUGCAAAAAUUUGGAAACGGCUUGCAUUGCAUUGCAGGCAUGUGUGUGUGUGUGUGUGUGUGUGCGCGUGUGUGUUAGCUUGCAUCGGCUUCAUUCUUUUCCCCAUAUUUUCAGCAUCUUGGAGCCACCGUCGUUGUCUUUUGGCUGCGGUUAAACUCGAGGCCGAGAAAUGUGUUGAUCUUCUGAUGAUUUGUAUUUUUUGUUGUUACCCGUUGAGCCUCUCUGGUGUUGUAUGUGUGAUCGAUGAGCUUUCAAUAAGUUACACAAUAAACAUAUAUACAGCAUCUUAA